UUGAAGCGACCACUGACUUCAGCCUGAACCCUUCUUCGUCGACGCAGGAAAUAACACCAAAAAAGCAGUACGGUGGCUUCGAUGAAUUUAUGCCCAGAAUUAGCUACUCACAAAUCAUGACGUGUCUGUCCAUGACAAGCAAGCGUUCUUUAGCCGACGUUUAGCCAAGCAGUUGUAUUCGACAGUGCAACAAAUUGGAUACAUUGGAGAAGACUUCGCCAUACGAGCUCAUAUAUUGUUUCAGGACCAUUUCCACUCGUUUUCACCUCUGAAUUAGAAUGACAACCACAGACGAGGAUAACCACGUACCAGAGGACCUGUCCUUAGACGAGAGGGAUGAGCUGUCAAACAUACGGAGACGGAAGAAAGAGCUACUGGAUGACAUCGAGCGGCUGAAGUUCGAAAUCGCCGAGGUGAUGACGGAGAUCGAGCAGCUCACCUGCGUGGGUGACAGCAAAACAACGCAGAGAAAUAAACAGAUCGCCAUGGGACGGAAAAAAUUCAACAUGGAUCCCAAAAAGGGCAUCCAGUUUCUCCUGGAGAAUGACCUGCUGCAGCACACUCCCGAGGACAUCUCUCAGUUCCUGUACAAGGGCGAGGGCCUCAACAAAACGGUCAUCGGGGACUACUUGGGAGAGCGGGACGAUUUCAAUAUCAAAGUCCUGCAGGCGUUCGUGGAGCUCCAUGAGUUUGCAGACCUCAACCUGGUGCAGGCGUUAAGGCAGUUCCUCUGGAGCUUUCGACUUCCCGGCGAGGCCCAGAAGAUCGACCGCAUGAUGGAAGCCUUCGCCUCCCGAUACUGCCAAUGCAACCCUGGAGUCUUUCAGUCCACAGACACGUGUUACGUGCUGUCCUUUGCCAUCAUCAUGCUCAACACCAGCCUGCACAACCCCAACGUCAGGGACAAGCCGCCCGUCGAGCGCUUCAUCUCCAUGAACCGCGGCAUCAACGAGGGCGGAGACCUGCCCGAGGACCUGCUCAGGAAUCUCUACGAGAGCAUCAAGAGUGAGCCUUUCAAAAUCCCGGAGGACGACGGCAACGACCUGACGCACACGUUCUUCAACCCGGACAGAGAAGGAUGGCUGCUGAAGCUGGGUGGAAGAGUGAAAACCUGGAAGAGGAGAUGGUUCAUUUUGACAGACAACUGCCUCUAUUACUUCGAGUACACAACAGACAAGGAGCCCCGUGGCAUCAUCCCCCUGGAGAACCUGAGCAUCCGAGAGGUGGACGAGCCCAGGAAGCCUAACUGCUUUGAGCUGUACAACCCCAACCACAAAGGCCAGGUCAUCAAGGCCUGCAAGACGGAGGCUGACGGGCGAGUGGUGGAGGGCAACCACGUGGUCUACCGGAUAUCGGCGCCCACGCCCGAGGAGAAGGAGGAGUGGAUCAAGUCCAUCAAAGCCAGCAUCAGCAGGGAUCCCUUCUACGACAUGCUCGCCACCAGGAAGCGACGCAUCGCCAACAAGAAGUGAGACCCCUCUGCCUGCCCAGUGCUGACCCGACGUCAACCACCCCCCCCUGGGGUCUCCCCACUGCCUGCUCAGAGCUGACCCCACACACACACGCACAGACAUACCAACAACAGACACACACACACACACACACACACACACACACACACACACUCUCACACUACCCCCCACCCUGGGCAGCGACAGCUGGCACAGACUCACGGGACUACCCGCCGCUCCGCUCCAAUCUGGAUGCCCUCCCUUGAUCCUCGCCCACCCCCUGGACAGUGACAAAACUGGACAACAGCAGGGGCACGACGGGACCAACUGUGUCCAACAGCGUCCCCCCCAAAAAAAGUCCCCCUUCUCUGCUCCAUGCCACCACCACCACGCUCCCCCAACGCAACACAAAGCGUCCCACUCACUCAUGGGGCCUGUUUAGUCUGCUCCUCUCUUCUGUUUAUAGACAAUCCCAUCCUGUGUUUCUCUCAGUUCCCGGAGAAACAAAUCUGUGGUUAAUCUGUCACUUUUCACACGCAUGCAUGUGUGUGGGUAUGUAUGUAUGUAUGUGGGUUUUGUAUGUAUGUAUGUAUGUAAGUAUGUAUACAAAUGGACUGAGUAUAUUGGAUUGCUAUGCCAAGUGUCAACUGGACGUGUCAUGUCUCUUGUUUCUGUAGUCUUUUUGUUCGCUCCAAUCAUUCACUGUGAGGGGACUGAGCAAGACCUGGCGUUUCCCCCCCUGAGCUAGCUAGCGUGCUUUAUCUGAGACGACCCAAAUUAUGGUAAAACUAUUAUUGCAGUCUCUUCAGCACUCAGUGUGUCAAAGAGUGUAGCUGGUGCCAUUUCUUAUGCCGUAUGAGCUUAUCGUCAGUCUUAAGUUUUAUUUGAGUCAAACAAUCCUGGAAACUCAAUACUACAAUUAAAAAAAAAAGUCAGCUGGACUGAUUUCAGACGUUACGUUAACAAGAAAUUGAUUGUCCAUUAUUUUGUUUUGGGAAGGUAGUGACCAGUGAAAUUAAGCUCAGUCCUUAGACAACGAGUGUAGAGAGACAAAUCUACAGCCAGAUGUCAAAGUGAUGUAGUGCAUUUGCACUCUCUCGCCAAACCCCCCACCCCCUGUUUUUAGUCCACUAUUAAGAAAUUGCUUGCAGUUGUGUCUACCAUAUGAAAAAAAUAUAUUUGAAUAUCUUUUCUAAAUAUUUAUUUUCUCUGUGAAAAAAAAAGUUCACAAUUCUACCAGUAAUUGUUAAACUAUAGACCUAAGUUAUGUGUACAUAAUGUAUAAAAAUUUGAUCUACUUUUUUUUGUGGACUAUAUGUAUUACACUUGCAAUAUAUACAAGCCCUGUGGAUGACUCUGUUAGUUUGUGGCAGAAAUAGUGAAAAACGAAGCCGUUCAUUGCCGAUGCUAAUGUCAUUUUCUAAUCGACCUUGGCAGUAAGAAAGAGCUGUUUCAACUCAAGCCUCAGACUAAGCUGAUGUGUCCUGCAGCCUUAAUCAUAACUAAUGUGAAAGCGACAGUGUGAGGAAGCUUUUAUUUUGGAUAAAUGUUAUGAUUAUGAUGAUAAUUAUACUGUAUUGAUGAUGACUAUUAUUAUUAUUAUGCUAAUGAUUACAGUCAUACUGACUGAUUUCUGUCUUUCCUUUUUUUCUCACCUCUAGUAGAUAUAUUAUAAACGUUUGUACAAUUAUAAAGAGCCCCAUUAACAGGGCAGACUACAGUAUAACCUUCUACUGCUCCAUGGAGCCCUGAGCUAGUCAACUUUUUUUAAAUGUCUGUAAAAGCUAUUGGUCAUACUGUACAUUAUUACAUGUGAGAACAUAAAAAACGAUUGAGAAAAGCUAACACCUCGCCUG